ACAUAGAAAAAUAUGUUAAUUUCCCACGAUAGCCAAAUGCUCCAGGUGAAGGCUAGGAACUUUCUGCACUGUCGCACUCCGUCUUCUCUUUUAUCCAUUGCCGGAAUUCGCUAAGAGUUCAACGGCGGGGGGAAAAUGAUUCGGAAUCUCCGAUCUCGGCGGCGGCCACGUUACGGCGCACAGGUAUGUGCUGUGAUCUCAGCUCUUCUCCUCUUAUUUUCAGUAUCUGUUCUCUACAGCCGCCUUUCCCUCUCUUCCAAAUCCCACAUGUAUCCCCACCACUCCUCCGAAGAUAACAACGACGCGGUUUUCCACUCCAUCCCUCUCCUCUCCGACUCCGAAGACGUCGCCACCACCACCAUCACCUCCUCAACCGACGACAAAAUUGACGAACUCGAUACUCUCGAAGAAAACGACAUAACCGAAGACGACAACAACAAUGAGAUCGAGCAAGAGGAGCAAGAAAUCACGACUAUGAAUAAAAAAGACAAGAUCUUUUCGUCUGGGCAUUUUUAUUUCGACCAUUUAAGUGGAUCAAUCAGAAGAGCUUUCAAUAAACGUUCGAUUCAAGAUUGGGAUUACGAUGGAGGGUUUUUGAACGAAGGGUUUUCGGGGGAAGAUGUCAAAAUUAAGGCAACCUUUGGAUCCGAUGAUAUCCCAUUGGAUGAGGAAGUUAGGAGCAAGAUGACUGAAGUGGAAAGUAUUGAAGAUGCUUUGCUGGUCAAGAAAGUUGCUGGGAGAAAAGUGAACCCUUUGAGGGAGAAAUGGGGUGAUUGGUUUGAUAAGAAAAGUGAUUUUUUGAGAAGGGAUAGAAUGUUUAAGUCGAAUUUGGAGAUUUUGAAUCCUUUGAAUAAUCCUUUGCUGCAAGACCCUGACGGGGUUGGUGCUACUGGCUUGACUAGAGGGGAUAAAAUGGUGCAGAAGUGGAUUUUGAGUGAGUUUAAGAAGGUCCCUUUUACUGGGAAGAAGCCCUUGGGGAUUUCCGAGACGGGCUUGAAGGUUAAGAAAGGCAGUGAGAGUAAGAAAAAUGAAAAUGCGAGGAAUGUGUUAAGCGAAAGAGAAAGUAGUAGUAGUGAAGAUUUGAGUUCAAAUACAAAUAGGAAUGAAAGUAGAAUUAGGAAGAAUGAGGUCAAGAAUGGAGAUUUGGAGACUUAUAAGACUAACACUGAGUUUUCAGGCCAUAUAUAUGCGGAUGGAAAGAGAUGGGGUUACUAUCCUGGAUUGGACUCAAGGUUGUCUUUUACAGAUUUUGUGGAUGCAUUUUUUAAGAAAGGGAAGUGUGAUAUGAGAGUUUUUAUAAUAUGGAAUUCCCCUCCAUGGAUGUAUAGUGUUAGGCACCAAAGGGGGCUAGAGAGUCUGCUUGCUCAGCAUAGAGAUGCUUGUGUCUUAGUGUUCUCCGAAACGGUUGAGCUUGAUUUCUUCAAAGACAGCUUUUUGAAAGAUGGUUACAAAGUUGCUGUAGCAAUGCCAAACCUUGAUGAAUUGUUGAAAGAUACACCCACCCAUGUAUUUGCAUCUGUGUGGUUUAAAUGGAGAAAGACAAAGUUCUAUACUAUCCAUUAUAGUGAGCUCGUUCGACUUGCUGCUCUUUACAAAUAUGGUGGCAUUUAUCUUGAUUCUGACAUUAUAGUUCUGAAACCGUUAUUGGCACUCAAUAAUUCUGUGGGCCUUGAAGAUCAAGGAAGCUCUUUGAAUGGAGCUUUAAUGGCAUUUAGAAAGGAGAGUCCUUUUAUAAUGGAGUGUUUGAAUGAGUUCUAUUUGACGUAUGAUGAUACCCGAUUGAGAUGGAAUGGGGCUGAUCUUCUAUCAAGAGUUGCAAAAAGGUUUUCGAAUGAAAAGAACAUAUCCAUCAAACGGCCAGAGUUGAAUGUGCAACCUUCCGCUGUUUUCUUCCCUAUUAGUUCUCAGCAUAUUAUAAGAUACUUUGUUUCACCGACGACGGAAUCUGAGAAAUUGCAGCAAGAUGCUUUAUUCAACAGGAUUCUGACCGAGUCUGUGACGUUUCAUUUCUGGAACAGCUUGACGUCUGCGCUCAUUCCAGAGCCAAAGAGCCUCGUAGCCAGGCUUAUUAACCAUCCAUGUAUUCAUUGCUCCGAAUUGUUGUGAAUUUCACAUCUCUCUUUGGUGUUGCCAAAGAAUUAAUCAAAGCAAUUAUUUUUUAA